AUGGUUAAGGCUGUUGCUGUUCUCCGUGGUGACGCCAAGGUCGCCGGUACCGUCACCUUCGAGCAGGCUGAUGAGUCCGCCCCUACCACCAUCUCCUGGAACAUCACCGGCAACGACGCCAACGCUGAGCGUGCUUUCCACGUUCACCAGUUCGGUGACAACACCAACGGCUGCACCUCCGCUGGUCCUCACUUCAACCCCUUCGGCAAGACCCACGGUGCUCCCACCGAUGCUGACCGUCACGUCGGUGACCUUGGCAACUUCAAGACCGAUGCUGAGGGUAACGCCAACGGCUCCAUGCAGGACAAGCUCGUCAAGCUGAUUGGCGCCGAGUCCGUCCUGGGCCGUACUCUCGUCGUCCACGCCGGUACUGAUGACCUCGGUAAGGGUAGCAACGAGGAGUCCAAGAAGACCGGUAACGCUGGUCUCCGUCCCGCCUGUGGUGUCAUUGGUAUUGCCGCUUAA